AUGGCGGACGAAAUUGUUGGGAAGAGGAUACUAUGUGAAGGUUUUAGAGGAGAAAUUAAAUAUGUAGGGCUCGUUCCUCCAACUUCAGGUACGUAUGUGAAAAAUAUUUCAUCUGACAUAAAGCAGCUUGAGUGGUGUGGAACGAAAACUAUCGAUGACUUCUUCAUUGCGAAGAUUGAGCGAGGCGAGAAACGGAGUCUCAAUCUACAGCUGUACCGCGUGAUUCAGACCCAGAUUCUGUUAGUUUGGUCUAUUUGUUGCAUUAGAAAUAAUGUGAUGCUCGUCAAGAAGCAUAUAACACCGAGUAAGCUACAUUUUCAUGGCAAGAAAAUGGGAAAGAAGGCCUUUUUAGGCUUGUAGGUUUUGUUUACCCAUUUUCAGACCACGUGAUGGUACCACAGAAAACUGUUUCUUUCAAAUGUCAUCCUAUAUACUAUGCACGUGCUUAUGACAAGGCAAAAGGCACAUUCCCUUGAAACAUCAUAUGGUCUGAAUUGGGAAAAUAAAACAUAAAAGCUAAAGAGGUCUAUGGCUUCAAACAAGAUUGAGCUUAUGCAACAGGAUGGCAGAAAGAAGAGAACAGCAAAACGUUUGUGUUUGACAUGCAUGACAGGGCUAUUACUUAAGUGCUUUUUGCAAUCUUCACUUACUGUAGCCUCCCUGUGUUAUGGGUUUUUGCAAAAAGAUCUGUUUGGAGGAAGGUGAAGUUUGGCAGAAAUUUUUUUGAAACAUAAUUAUUGUUUUGCUAGUCACACAAGGUGUUGUCAUCUUCUUUCCUUAGCCAUCCCUUGAGUGAGGUCACUAAUGAUUAAGCUAAUUAUGAAUACCUUGAGAUGUCCCAGCAACCAUCUGCUAACCACUUUAGCUGUUUGCCUUCAUUCUGGUGGCCCCUAUCUUAACAAUUUUGAUGGUUAACUCAUAUGGAGGAGUGGUUUUUGCUUGUCAGUGAAGGUGUAAACAGUAAUCUAUCAUAAAGUAAUGUUCUGCAUAAGAGGACACCAAGACAUGCCCUCUUUAUGGUAUAUAUUGGCAUUCUGACAGUAAGCUUGGACUUCAGCAUUCAAGGGUGCCAGUGGCAGCCACUAUUGGUCCAUUUAUGAGCUUACUGUAACCCACCCAUACCCCAUUAUAUGAAUGACGCAUGAUGCAUCAAAGGUAGGCCACACCACCGGGGAAACUUCCCGUACUCUUGUCGGACAGUAGUGUGGGUUCUUUUUUGUCCCUUUCAAUUUUAAGUAUGAAGGAGACAAGGCCAAUGGCUUAAUGUCACCACCCAAUGAGGCAAUCAUCAUCUCAAAUCACAGCAAGCAUGAUCUCACCGGUUUUUAAAGACCCUGGUUGUCGGUCCGGCCGGGGUUUGAACCCACGACCUCCCGCUUGUCAGACCCAUGCUCUCCCAACAGAGCUAACCAGGCAGCGGUUAGCUCAGUAAUGGAAGAAAUGGUAAUGGCAGAACGUUACUCUUUCUCUUGUUAGGUGAAUGGUAUGGUGUUGAGUGGGAUGACCAUAGCAGAGGUAAACAUGAUGGUACUCAUGAAGGCGUUAAAUAUUUUGAAAGCAGGUAUGAAUGUCACAUUGUGGUUAAACAUUGAAACAUUUUUAUCUCUAGCGCUUUGUAGAAAGACUAUUAUGUCAACUUUGCUGUUACAGCAAGGAGCCCAAAAGUGUGACCUCCUUUAAUUAACUCACAUUCUUUCAUGCAGACAUUAACCAAUCAGAUGUCGAGGACAGUUUCCAGCUGGCUUCUGAUUGGAUUAAAUCUGUAUGAAAGAAUGUGAAUAAAUUAAAAGCGGUCACACUUUUGGGCUCCUUGCUGUAAAUGAUUUUCCACGUUUGUGACCAUUCAUCAAUAAUAAUUUUCAUCAAUCAGUUUGCAUCAAAAGCAAACGAAGUAAUGUUAAUUUCUAACUCACUUUGACUUGUAAUUAACUAAUGUAAGUAAGCAUGUAAAGCUAUAUUAAACUAUAUAUUUAUCAUGGAUGUACAGGAGCAUAGCCAGCUUUUUGACUAGCUGUAGGCCUGGCUGAUUUUCAUUUCCAUAUAUCCUGAAAAUAGCACGGAUGAAUAGUACGCACUGACCUCACCAACACUUUGACCUCUUAAUAAGCUUUUUAGCUCACUCCAACGUCACAUAUAGAACUUAUUACAAGCAGCAGAGUGAUCAAAACAAAUAUUUGUAGGCCUGGGCCUACAGAUCUACAGGUUGGCUAUUCCCCUGGAUAUAUGCUCAAAUGCAUUUUGGGCUUAUUUUUACUAGACACCCAACGGGUGGAUCCUUUGUAAGACCGAAGAAGGUGGACUUUGGAAUAAGUAUCUUUGAAGCCCUGAAACAGCGCUAUGGACAAGGUGGUGACAGUAUUAAUGAAGAGGACAUGUAUGUUAUGAGUGGCAACAACAGAUGGAAAGCUGUGGAAAUGGUUGGAGCAGAUUCAAUUCAGCAAAAACAGAGGUACUUGAUAUUGAACAGGACUUAAUUGACAUGAUGUCAUGCCUGAUUCACACCCAAUAUAAUAAUAUUAAUAUUGUCUGUUGCUUAAAGUGCUCAAAUAUUACUUAUUUUUCAUCUGAUAAAUAUAAACUGUACCAAGCCGUUUUUUAUCUGCUCGAAAGAAGCUAUAGCUUUAAGCAAAUAGAAUAACCUUUGUUAUUUAUAGUGUUAAAUUGCUGAAAUAUAUCUUCUUGUUAAGAGCAAUUAAUUUUGUAAAACUUUUUCAAAGCUUUCAUGCCAGUGAAGUUGAAGGGAAUGUCAUCACUUUCAGUUUCUCAUGAUAAGGUCAUUUCCAAAGUUCAUCUCAGCCAAUCAUCGACUUUUUUGAUGCAGAAAUUCAAAUUUCUGGGACAUGACUGGAAGCUCUCCUUUUCUACAGUGUCCUGCCUCCAAAACUCCCUUGAGAUCUUGCUCAGAGGUUAGCAAGCUAGUUUCUGCUUUCUGCUUUCUACUGGAUGCAUACACUAUAGUAUGUGUUCAUUUUUCCUUGCAUGGAAUGGUAAGGCCUACUGUCUGCUUAUAUGAUAUCAGUAUUAUGUAAACCCAUAAUAAUUUAUACAUUUUCAGUGACUACAAGACACUAAGAGAGGUUAGUUUAAGAGGCCUAACAGUAAAUGGACCAGAUAAAGAAAAUGACUUUUACAAAGUUGCACCAAGUAUCCUUUUCACUACUACAAAAUGAAGGUCUGCAUGAAAUAAAAGCCCCAAGAAAUCCCCAGGGGGUACUCCGGAUUUCAAGUGAUGGAGAUAAUUGAAUAGCGCUGGAGCAAAAAUCCAACCCCCCCAAAAAUUCCUAGCACUCCCAACAAAACCCCCAAAAAAUCCCUGGAUCAAAAUUUAACCCCCAAAGAUCCCAUGGCUAAUUUCUGAGGCCAAGUCUGGUUGUACUUUAUUCACAGAACUACACUGCUCAUAAUUUAUAUUAAUGUGUUUGUGGCAGGCUGGUUGCAUCUUUGUUGGCCAUCUUGUGCUGUGUGGGUUUUGAUAUGUUUCAUAUCUCCUCCUGUUCUGUCAUUAAAAGAAAUAAUUUUUCACUGCUUAACAGUGUGAUAGGUGUCUGUUAAUGCCUUGUAUGGGGACCAGCAUGGCUUGGUUGCAAAGAUCAUUGCUACAGCAAGUUGCAAACAUGUUAAGACACUCCGACAAAAAAUUGCCUUUUUUUACUUAUUAAUAAAAUCACUGCUAGUCACACGUCUGUGAGAUAUAACACUCACCCCCUCCCUCCCCUGCAUUCAAAGUUGUUCCUCCAAGUUUUUUCUUGUAUUGCUAGCAACUUUAAAAAGGAAGGGGUUUCAAUACGCACCGACAGCUGAUGAAAGGCGUCGGCUAAUUUGCUCAUAGAAGAAGUAACUAGUUUGAAUAACAUUGUAAACAAAAAAUAUAUCAUAAAAUCUGAAUGAAAAACGUAAUUAUGAUGUGUUUUCAUAGAGGCCCACUGGUUUUACAUAAUGCUUUCAGUCAUUUUUUUGACAAGUUUCCUCAUAGGUUUGCGCAGAAUUUGUUUACGUGCAAAAGUACAUAAUUUGGUUUUCAUCAUUUGCUCAUGUUACAGGAAUUGAUUGUGUGACUGAUAAAUUGAAAGGUAUAUUUUCUUGAAUGAAAAACACCCUCUUUUGUCCAAAAAUUUAGUCCCCGAGAAUGCUUAAAAUUGCAGUCUAGAGCUUUGAAUUUUCAAAAUUUUCCGAGGCACAGUCUGAGGCACAGUUCCCCCCUCAUAAAAGGGAACUACUGGCCCCUUGUUGAUAGAGUUGGUUACUCUUUUCAAACCUGCUGGCUACUUCAAUGUUUGAAACCCCUGAAGAAGGGGAGGAUGGGGAAUCACAAGCACAAGAUCUUGAUCAGGCCAUUUAAACCUUGAAGGUUCAGUUUUGCAAGUAUUUUUGCAACUGGUUGUAGCCUUGGAAGCAGUGCUCAGUCUGACUGCCUGGCCCACCUCCAGUGGAAGCCUCUUGAAAACCCUGGCCCCCUAAUGUCCUUACAGCAGAACAGUUGUUCUUAUUAGUGGUUUUUUAACUUACAAGUGUUGUAUAUAUAUAUAUAAUAAUUAUUAUAUAUCACGCUCUACUUUAACGUAUUGAGCACUCUACUACAGAAAAAUCGAAACACAGUCUUCCUAUAUAUUAUAUAUAUAUAUGCUGAUUUUCUUAAUGUUGGUAUAGAUAUCUCAGAACUUGAUCUUUCUAAAACUCUUCUGUCAUCUUGGAUGGACGUAGCAGCAAUUACAAGAAAUCUUGAACACCUUCAGAUCCUUAAUUUAUCGUAAGUAACCAUAUUGUGUGGUGUUUCUCUUCCAUAUAUUUUUAUAAUUUUUACAUGAUCAGUGGCUAUAGAGAUGUUCAUUCAUUGCAUUCAUUACCUUGUUAUGAAGAUUUCAAGUCCUUUUUGUGUUUACAGUUUCUAUAAUUAAUUAUAAACUGAAACACUAUGCAAAAAGGGUUAAUUGGUGGUCAUCAGCAUGCUUCUUAACCUGAAGGUGAAGUGUGACCUGUUGCAUCUGAAAAUAAGCGUGAGCUGUUGCAUCAAAAAUUAUUUUUUGCCAUGCAAGAAGUCAGUCUUUAUUUUCUUGACAUGAAGGUGAAGUGUAACUUGUUGCAUCAGAUGAAUAACUGUUACCUUGUACGUCAAAAUUUUUUCUUCAAUGCAAGAAAUCACCCUCUAUUUUGUUUGAUAAAACAUUUUACAUUUUAUGCUUAUAAAUUAAGACUUGACAAGCCGAUAAAAUCACAAGUGCAAAACAGACAUUAGACUACGAGUAGUCCCCCCAUUUUUCCUCAGGGAUAGUAGAGCGAGCGAAACGCGAGCGGGCGUGAAAAUGAACCCACGCGAGAAAAGGCGACACGCGGUGGGGAGAGAGAAAAAUGAGGGACUACAGACAAAGCCCAAGCUUUUGACCCUUCACGGCCGACUGAUUUUGGAGUGUGAAGUUCGUAUCCCCUUCCAAAUCAAUUAAGCGCAUCCAAUGGCAUCCCUUCCCUUAUUGAGCUGUCAUUGCUCUUGUCAUCGGUAAACUGCGGGGGAUGUUUAUUGCAAGCAAAAGAAAACCCAGAUACUAAUUUUCUUCAUGGCUGUUUCGCGUGAAAAACUUGAUAGUGUACGCAACACACGACUUUUACUCAUGCCAAAAUGCUGCUUAUUCCAAUGAAUUUUUUUCUCUGAUGGGUAGAUUAUGCUCUGGAGGAAAACGUUUUGACUGAGCAAAUGUGAUUUUUGCCGCGUAUUUCAUACUGAGAGGUCGAAACACGCAUAUUAAUUUUCUGCGGUUAUUGUCUAUGGUCUGCAUUAUUUGCCCUCUGAUGCAAGAGCAUUUUCUUUGACCUCUUUUGAAAAGUAAAGCUCUCCAAUGCGGCUAAAUAAGAGUUUUGGGUUGUAUAAUUUCUCCGGCGAUUGCCUCCUGGAUCUGAAUAAUUUUAAGCGAUUUUCUUUUUGGCCGUGAAUGUGAUGGUUUCCUACAAUGUUUUGUCACACUGGGACCAGCUCGUUAGCGUUUUUAGCAUGACGAAUAGUGAUAUCCAAAUCUCGAAGAAUGGAUUGCAGCUUAAACUAAAACUAUAUUAACUAUGGAGAAUUGCGAUGUGACUCAGUCAUGACUGCUCAUGAAUUUUAACUGCCGCUUGUUUUUCUGGAGAUAAUGUGAGUGUUUGGACUGGAGCACGUAGUUGCUCCCUUGCUGAUAACUUUUGAAUUAGCUUAACAGCCUUGCGACUGUUAUGUUAUUCCCAAUUUGUGAUCACGCAAGACCAUGGUUUCGGUUCUCCACGCGAACCUCAUCAGUUGCCGGGUUGGCUUUCUGCUUAGUUGCUUCAACAAGAGCAACUCUAGUUAUUUGUUCUGUAAAUCAUGAUUAUGUCAAGCGUUGAUAGCGGCUGGCGCGUUUUUGACAGAUGCUGACAGAUUUCCAUGGAAGGGCCAAUUAGAGUUUUGCGUUGUGAGAGCAACGCAUUAGUUCAAAAGCUUGGGCUUUGUCUGUAGUCCCUCAUUUUUCUCUCUCCCCGCCGCGUGUCACCUUUUCUCGCGUGGGGUGAUUUUCAAGCGCGCUCGCGUUUCGCUCGCUCUACUAUCCCUUGAGGAAAAAUGGGGGACUACUCGUAGUCUAAACAGACAUAACUGUAAACACAUGCUCUCUCUUGAGGGCUCUUUUUCUUGUAUGUGUGGGUGCAAUGUAAAAUAAUGGAAUACCAGUUAUUAUUGCAUUACCCCUAUACAGUCACAUUUGUAACGCAACCAUAUGAUAAAAUAUUGAUUAAUCUACUUUUUUCUUUAAAGGGAGAAUUUCCUCAGAUUACCUAGUGAACCAGAACAGCUUUUACCUUCAUUCUCUACAGUUACAGUUUUAUUCUUAAACAAGAUGGAACUUGGUUUUGAAGAGGUAACAAAAUCUCAAACUUGUUGUAAAUUAAAUCAUUAUUUAUAGAGAAAGGACACUAAAAUCUUGCAUUUUUUUCAUCAGGUAGAGGUUACAGUAGGCAUGAUGCCUUCACUAAAAGAGCUUCAUGUUUGUCACAACUGCCUGAAAAAUCUGAGGUAAAUUUGGCCAAAGAGUAGCAAACUCCUUCCUGCUAACAAUUAGCAGGAAGACCUUUAUUGCUCAUGACAUGCACAUGAAAUAUUUCUUUCCAGUGUCUACCAUGUGAUGAUCCCUGGAAAGAAUAAAAUUGUAUUGAAUGUUAUCUCUGAUUCUCUGUAGAAGUAAAGAUGGUCAACUUCAUGACUUACAAGGAUUCCAGAAUGUAGAGUUACUCAAUCUUGAGGGAAACCAGCUGUCAGACUGGACAUCAAUAUUGAGACUGGGCCAAUUACCAAGGUAAUGAUUAAGGUGUAUCUAUGCAAUAACUGUAAUCUCUGUAAGUGUUCAGCUUGGCCCAGUUCCUCUGAAUAAUCCUGAAGACAGUCUUUACCAUUUUAUGUUCUACCUUACUUCCUAUUUAAUUCCCUUUUCUACAAAUAAUUUUGAAGAGAAGAGAAGCAAAAUCAGGUUUGGAGUAGGUUACUAUUUACCUUGGCUUAAAAAUUUCUAAAAAACUUACUGAACAUUAAUUUCACGCUUUGUGGAGGACGUUAACACAAGACAACAACUUUCUCUUUCUUUCUCUGAACUUUGAUACAGUCUUUUAGAAUUCAACUCACGAAAAAUUGCCAACAUUUGACGAAUUGAAUGAGAUGGAGUAAAGCCAUGGGAAUUCACUUUUUAAGGUAUCUGCACCGGCAAAUUUUCAACAUUUUAUUUUGCCCUCAAAAUCUUUCUACAGUAAGUUCAGAUGAUGUGAUAUGCAUAACUGGUGUUCUUUUUUGAAUAUACCUUCGCAUUUAAGAGAAAAUCUACUCAAAAGUUGACUGAUUUACCGGAAGUUAAAGAAAAUUUUUCACUUCCGUUGCUAAGAAAAAGAACGGCAGUAGCGCAAUUUGACUCCUUUUUUCGGCAUCAAGUUCUGUUGAUGCGCUGAACAAAAUCUAUUCACUGCUUGGAUUCAUUGACAAACUACAGCGGCUGUAUGUCCAACUUGAUUUUUCUUGCUUCUGUUAAAGCUGUGAUGACUAAUAUUACUUGCUACUUGUCAAUAUUUGUUAUGUUCUUGAAAUAUACUCCGUUUUCCAGGGCUUAUUAUUGUUUUAAAUUUACAUUACAUCGGUGUGUCUUCUCACCUGAUAUAUUCUGACAAUUUUGCCGGGAGAGUAAAACGUUUUCUUGGCCCCUAAUCCUCUGGUCUGUUUUUCUACCAAUUUCUUUCACUUUACAGAAGCAAUUCUUUUCAUUUUUGAAUAAAACUCUUCUUCAAUCUUCAUACUUCGGCCCGCUUCACUGCAUUAUAGCUGACACUGAGUAACGCAUCUUCCGGAAAUGCGUCACACCUUGCAACUGGUCACGUAUCAAAAUCCAAGGGGGCUAUAGAGAGGUCAUUUGGCAUUUUCUUAGGCUUCGACGAGCAUUUUAGACAGCGGUGAUUCAAAAUGGCGGGCAAGAAGGUCUGUGAUGGUAGUAUCGAGCAAAAACAGUUGAUUUUGAGAAGAAAAUAAGCUUUUUUACACUGGAAAAGCAUUAAUUACCGCGUGACCGAUUUACCUUGACUUACGGGAACCAGUUUUUUGGAGGAAUGGAUCAUUAUAUCUUCGUGAAAUUUGGCAAAUACACAAAGAGCAUGUUGAUGAACAGAUCUGUGUUUGACCAAAGAAUGAAAUUACCAUACGGCUGAGUUACUGAAGUCCAAAGAGGGAUCAAAUUACAAAACAACAAAUUGCCCUCUAGAGGGCGUAUUUCUCGGAGCUGUGUCUUGGUCAAACACAGGAUUGUUGCUUUUUACGUCCCUGUUUGUGUUGCAUUUCAUUUUUCCCACAAACUGUUGUGGUUUUUGUGAAAUUUGAAUUCUUCUCUUUCCAUGCCACCCCCAGGGGGUAAUUAAAAUAGCACCUUUAGAGUGAUGUAGCCUUACAAUUUUUUCACUACUUUUGUUCCUUAUGGACCAAAGAACAAUGUUAUUGUCUAACAUGUAGAUAAUACUCUUACAUUGGAUGUCAGUGUAUCACCUAAAAUGUGCAGAAUUUGCCGGUGCAGAUACCUUAAGUGAUGUUUUCGCUGCUAUCACCAUCUUUAUUGCUUAAGCUACGUAAUCUCAUCUCUCAUCCUCUGGUGCCCAGUGGGCAAAGUGCAUUCACAUAAGCUAACAUACCCUGAAGUGAUUGCAAGGGAUUCAGUACUUGACACCUGGGACCUGAGUACAGCCAUGGUGAAUUGUGGUGUUUGGGAAGAAAUUUCCACAAAUGUCCCAUCCACAGCAGUGGUCAAAGGAUGAUAAUGAUGAUGAUGAUAGUGAUCUGUACAGAGGCUGUACAGAGGGAUAGAUAACCUGUAUAUGUUAACUAGGUCAAUGAGGUACAUUUGUAUACACAACACUACUUUUCUACCUUAUUAUAGGAAAUGAACACUCCAUGAAAUUAACGUGAAUCGUUAAAAUUCGCGUUAAUUUAAGUCGCGUUAAUUUUGUUAAGCGUUAAUUUCCUCGACGUUAAUUAAGUGCAGUGUUAAAUUCCGCGCUCUUAAUUUCCAGUAUUUUAACCCUAAUUUUGGAACCUGUCCAGACAUUCUUGACACCUAAAAAACAUUAACUACAAGCUUUCUUUCUUUCCAUUUACCCUAUAUUUUUCAUCUCUCACAAAAGCUAAGGCGAAGGUUUACAAUAUUUCGAGUUCAUCUUCAUCAUUGUCUCAUUGUCACUCUCAGAUGUGAUGUCAAUAUCUUCACCUUUGAUUUCGGCCAAGAUAAUCGCGUUAAUUUCCUUUAUUAUGAAAUUCUACCUCCUCUUUCGCAAUAAUGUUCUUUAUUCGAAAGUCGUUUUCCAUUAAAUUCACGCUAGUUUAAGUCGCAUUAAUUUCCAAUACAUACCUUAAUUUCAUGGAGCGUUAAUUUCCUAUAUUAAGGUAUGCACAACAGACUGAGCUGGAUAAUUUACAGUUACAUUUUUUAUUGAUCAUUUCCCUUCAGUAAUGCAUGUAUUUAUAUCACAUUAAUUUUUCUUUUAGACUCAAUUGUCUUAUAUUGAAUGACAAUGGAAUAGAGAGUAUUGAAUUAGGAAACAAAGUACAAGGUUUGUUUCAAUUUUAUACCUCUCUUCAUCUUCUUCAUUGUCUCCUCCUUCUUCUUCUUCUUCUUCUUAUUAUUAUUAUUAUUAUUGAAAGUGACUUGAAAACUUUCUUUUGUUCCAUUAAAUUUGCUAUAUUAACACUGCAUUAAUUUAUGUGAUAAAUGUGAUAUUCUGUUUAGAAUGGCAAGCUGACAAGCUUCUGUACCCAGUUUUACAAUCACUCUUCCUUAGCAGAAACAAAAUAAGUCAGGUAAGUAAAUGCAAAGUGUUCUUUCUGUUCUGGUUUCGAUCAUCAUCCGAUUAUGUUUCUAACUAAGGCAUUAAUUUUUGUAGAAAAAAAUAUACAGUGGAAGCUCGAUAUAACAAAGGGCCAAGGGACUGGCAAAAUUAUUUGUUGGCUUUAACAAGGUUUGGUUAUAUCCAGGUCCUUUUUGAUAUAUUUUACUAUUUCUGGGGUGAAGAAAAUGGUUUGUUAUACUGCUCAAGGACUUUGCUAUAUAGAGGCUUGCUAUAUCGAGGUUCCACUGUAUAAAAAGGUUGGCUCUAACAAAAAUGCUUUGAAGCACAAAUGCAUGAAUGUCAGAAAUUCAGGGUGACCAACAAGGACAAAAGCAAAGAAUUUAAUUUUUAAAAAAAGGAGGAUUGGUGGUAAAAUUAUCUUGUCUAACAUAAACAUGCAUAAGGGCUGUUAAAAUCAGAUUUCUAUUAACAGUUAUGAAAGAGAUGAAAUAAAUGUCUGGUCAAUAGAAGUUACUGACAACCUCUCAUAAAACUGUUGGGGUGCUCAUGAUAAGCAAAGCCAUCCAUUACAAAACAAUCAAGGCCAGCACACUGCUAUGAUUAACAGUGUUGAUCAAAUGCUUACUGUGUGGCAAUUAAUUUAUUGAAGAUGGUAAUAUUAGGCUCAGUGAAUAACAUGUGGAAAGCUGUUAAAAUUUUGUUGUGUUGUGAGCAUUGGACUUGUAGAAAAAAUCUGAUUCCUCAAGCAGAUGAACUCAUGAGACUUUGAAAAACAUGAGUGGUAUUUCUAUACUCCUAAAAGAAACCAAAGCAAAACUUCUCCCAAAUAAUUUCCAAUUUUUUUUUUCAUAAAACCUUAAGAAAUAAAAAGGUCUGCCAUGGAGGUUUGAGUUGAACGGUAACACCAUAGGAAUGGAUAACAUCCACAGUUAAAAAUAAGUGUAGCAAAUAAUCUAGUUGCAGUUAACAGUCUUUGAAGUCUUAAGAAUGACAAUCAAUUUUUCUCUAAACAGUAUCAAUACACAAUCAAGAGAAGAGGUUGACAUGAGAAUUGAUAAAGUAAUCAGCUGGGAAAAAAUGCUUUAAUCUUUUAUCAAAUUCUCUCAACUUAUUCUUUAUGGAAAUAUAUAGACACCGGUUUGGAGAAUUUGUAUGUAGAUAUUGGGGAUUAAAGGGUCGGCAAUUAGUUGGAGGUAACUGUAGUCAUGGAUCAUUAUACGUUUCUGGGAAACUGCCCACCUACCCCUCCCCUAAGCCAAAAUGUUGGCUUAGGGAAGGGGUAGGGGGCAGUUUCCCAGAAACUUAUAAUGAUCUGUCUUUUUUUAAAAUUUAUUCUAGAUUCAGAGCAUUAAUGAGUUAAACCAUCUACCAAAAUUAUGUGAGUUGCGCUUCAAGGGAAAUCCUCUUUUCCAAGGUAAAAGCCAAGAAAAAAAUUGCCCUUUCUAUGUGUUAUCGAACUUUGUUACUUAUUGGAGUUGCUAACAAAAUCUGUUAUAGUUUGAACUGUGUGUGUGUGUAUAAUGAAGUAAUUUUGAUUUUGCAGAGGAGACUACUUUUGACAGUCGUCAAGAGCUGCUUGCUCGCGUACCGUCAUUAACCUCUCUCAAUGGCAGUUUGGUGAGUUCUGAGUAUGUUGUAUUUUUUUGUUCAAGUGCUGAGCACUACACUGUACCCAGAUCUGGGUUGUGACACGUCAUCAGUAUGGAAUUUCUGCGCUUUUUCCUCAGAUGUCGUUUCAUGGGGAAACAAGUGGUGGCAUCAUGAAAGUGCUGGUUGUUUUCUUAUUGCUCCAUGUAAGGGAACCCAAGACAGUUUUGGAUUCUGGAUUCCACGCUGUGGAUUCCGGAAUCCAGGUACUAAAUGCUAGUCUAUGUCAGUGGAACUUGGAUUCCAGAUUCCAGUUGUUAGUGGAAUUUCGGAUACCUUGAGAUGUAUUCCGGAUUUUAAAGCCCAAAAUUCCGGAUUCCACAAGCAAAAUGUUAAAUAUAAGGAUAAAUUUCCUGGAUUCCAAAUCCGGAUUCCCUUACGUGGAACAAUUCUUAGGCUAUUUACUUGUAUUACUCCUUUUUGUUAGGUCAGUUUAAAAGAAAGAGAGACUGCAGAGCGGGCUUAUCUAAAGAAGUAUGCCAAGUGUUGGAUUAAUGCUGGUGGCAAUACUGCUGAUGGGCAAGCCAGUUCCCUGAAUCCUGCAUUUGUAGAGUUACACCCGAGAUACGAGGAACUCAUCAAAGGUACAACAAGCUGAUAGUUGUAUCAGUCAUUUCUGUUUCUAUGCUGCAUCUCUACUUGGAUUAUUUACUCAAUUUUUGUUGACUUUCCUGCACCUUCCAGUCAGAGAAACGUGAUUUAGAGGCAAGUUCAGUUUAAGGUUCUGGCCCCGGGUUGUUCAAAAGCUGGAUAACACUGCCUCAGUUGUUCAAAAGGUAGAUAACGCUAUCCAUCAGAUAAAUCACUAUCCACUGGAAAGCGCAAUUGGUUUCCCUAACACUUUUCCCGUGGGAUAGUGAUUUAUCCGUUGGAUAGCGCUAUCCAACUUUUCAACAACUGGGGCCAGAUAAAUCACUGUCCAUUGGAUAAGUCAGUAUUAGGGAAACCAAUUGCGAUAUCCAGUAGAUAGAAAUUUAUGCGGUGGACAACGUUAUCCUUCUUUUGAACAGCGGGGGCCAGGUAAACUGCAGUCGCAGUUUUUAAACGAGUCAACUUUAAUUUUACUGAAAGAUGAUUGUCGCAGUUAUAGACGCAGCUUUUUGCAGUUGCAAAAAGAAAGCCUGAAAACAUUCAGGCUUGUAAGGGAUUCAAACCCUUGACCUCUGCGAUACUGGUGCAGCGCUCUACCAAUUGAGCUAACAAGCCAACUGGGAGCAGGACGUUGAAUUGGUUCGUUAUAAACCUGUGAAAUGAUGAUGAUGUAGUCAUGAACAUAUGAAAUAUCAUAUAAAAAAUCAUAUAUGAGAACAGCCGAUUUUAAUGGUUUUCUGAAUCCCUCAAUAAUAAAUGGUGAAAGUUAUCGUCCAGGGCCCAGUUGCUCGAAGCAUGGCUAGCGUUAACCAGCGUUUAAUACCUUGACAACGUAUUGGUUUUGAUACUGCUUAACCAAUGGUUAAAGCUAACCAUGUUUUGAGCAACUCUGCCCAGAUCUUCUUUUCCUAAUCCAAUCCAAGUGCCCAUAUGUUUUAGAAUUGACAGUUGGUUUCCACUGUUAGGGGUUAGUAUGGGAGGGGGGUCGCCCCCUUCUGUUCGGCGAGUCUGCCCUCUCUUAAUAAAGUUUAAACAUCAAUUAGUUAAUUAGAAAAAACUCGGUUAAGUCCUCAAGUGCGGUCGCAGCCGUUACAGGGACGAAAAGAUGGCUUUUUCUUGCGGGACACACGUGGGAAAUCCCGAGCGGGCACAGGAUUCGUGACACAGGAUUCGCUUCAUCUUGCCCGCGCGCAGAUUCAGCCAUCUUAAAAUUUCCAAUUAUUUCUAGGAGUAUUCCUUUUGUGUAUAGCCAAUGUUUUCAAAUUGUCUUUCAGUUCAUGGAGUUCCCAUUGAAGCUGAACGCAGCCAAAGUAGCUCCAAAACGUUAAAAGAUUCUUUGAUUUGUAUCCUUGAUGAUGUAUUGAUACAAAUUCUAUUAAAUAUCAAGGAGACUUCUUUAAUGCACAGUCACUAUCCUCUGUAAAUCCCAUACUUCUCUUACUUCUUUCUUUGCAAAGUCCCGGAUAAGAGGAACAACGGUACUUGUCCUCUUUACAUACCGUAUUUAUUCGAAUAAGCGCCCAACCUCGAAUUAGCGCCCACCUCGAAUAAGCGCCCAUCCUAAAGGCAGAAAAAGUUAAUAAGCGCCCAGCCUCGAAUAAGCGCCCACCCCUCCUCCUCCCAAUCAAACUCAAAUAAGCGCUCACCCCCACCCCACCCACUUGAGUGAAUAAAUUCCAAUAAGAGACUUCCCCGAGGACGGAGUUUUCUUCAGAGUAUUUUACAGAAACCUUGCUUUGUUACUUCUUCGCAUUUUGUUAUUAGCAUUGAUUGUUUUGUUGCAAAAUAAACAUACUUCACUUGCUGAUAAUGGUGAAAAUUUAAUAAGCGCCCAGCCUCGAAUAAGCGCCCACCUCGAAUAAGCGCCCACUCUCAAGGUCCAAAAAUUUAAUAAGCGCCCAGGGCGGUUAAUCGAAUAAAUACGGUAAUUGAACUUUUUAAGUUUGUGUGUGAGACUGGGUCGGUGUUGUGUCGAAGUGCACUAUGGGACCGUUUUGGGGACGUUAUCGCUUCUUUCAUUGGUUGUUACGAGAUUGCGCAGGAAACUGGGUCAAAAUUAAUCCCUUAAAAAGUCUCAAAGUGUAAUAGGCCAUUUCCGAGUUCCCCCGGGCCUCUGUUUCAAAACAAGGGUAGGUGCUCAGCCGUUGAUAUGGAAGUAAUUUUUCAUUUUCAUGAAAACUCAUUUUCACAAGAAAGGUUGUGCACCUAGCCUCAUUUUGAAAGUGAGGGUUUUUGGAACUCGGAAGUGGCCUGUUCGACACAACCCCGACCCAGCCUCUCGCGCGACCUAAAAAUGGGCCGUUACUCAGGAGUUAAUGCAAGGACGUUUUUGAGCGACGCACGUCAACCGGAAGUUGACUUUUUGUACUCUUGGGCAGUGGUUUGACCAAAUUUUCGGGGCAGAUGAUCUCUUUAAGAGUACAAACGCCAAGCAAUGCAAAUUUGAUAACAUCAAUACAUAAUUUUAAGGGGAAGAAACUAACUUCCUGUAGACGUGUGUCGCUCGGAAACGCCUUUGCUUAAGCUCAGACGUCAGCAUUCAAGUUCCCACUGACUGCUCCUGUCGGUCCAUUUAUAAGCUUACCACCCCAAUCCAUGAUAUUUAUGACAGUCCACACUACCUAGGAAACUCCCCUACUCUUUUCGAACGGUGGUAUGGAGAGUGACCAACCAUAAUGUUCUCCUAUCAAUACCAGCAUGUCAUCAAGGGAAAAGAUUAUAAGAGUCAAUCUAAUGGUCACCUAAGGGUAAAUUCUUCGUUUUUUCAACUAAUUCUCUCAACUAAUUCUUUAGGGAAAUGUAUGGAGAUCGGUUUAAAGAAUUUGUAUGUGGAGGAGGUCUGGGGAGCGCUUUGAAAUUACAAAGCCGCAGUUUUCAGCGUUCUGGGGACUAUAAAUUGAGGACAAGAGAGUGCGUUUUUCUUUCACGAAAAUGUAGCUUUUAUGCAUCUUUCGAUUUAUCAGUCACUCAAUCAAUUCCUACCAGCAAUGAACAAAUGAUGAAACUAAAUUACGUACUUUUGCACGUAAACAAAUUCUGCGGAAACCUAUAAAGAAACUUGUGAAACAUUGACUGAAAUGUAGCGUUCACAUGAUUAAAGCACAACUUAAAACAAUUGGGCUUUUAUGAAAACACUCAUAAUUACGUUUUUAUUCAGAUCUUAUGAUAUAGUUUUUGGUUACAACGUUAUUCAAACUAGUUGCUUCUUCUUUGUAGGAAGAAUUAAUCGACUUCUGUGAGCACAGUAGCCGACGUGUUUCGUCGGCCGUCGGUGUUUAUUGAAACCCCCAGUGGCGUAUCCAGACCUUCAGAUAAGGGGCGGGGAGAGGGGCGGUGAUCCAGACCCUGAGAUAAGGGGGGGGGGGAGCUCAAAAAAUUUUUUCCCGCCCUUCGGUCCUCAUUUUGGUCUAAAAGUAAGGGGGAUGGGCCCCCGGGCCCUUCCCCUGAUCCGCCACUGACUCCCUGAUCGUGAUUGUGUGAAAUUCCAGGGGGUGGGGGGUAUGACAAGAUUCUAAGAAAUGCGGGUCUAAAAAAAAAAGUUCCCUCCUUUAGUUUGGGGGUGGGGGAAUGGAUAUUUCCAGGCAUUACACAAUUGUUUUAAUGUGUUGCUUGAUACCAUUCGGAUGCCGAGGUCAUAAAAACACAGAGUUGACAACCAGCGUAGGUAAGCCCACAUGGGCAAGUACUACUAGCGCCUAUGUGGCUUCUGAUAAGUUCAAAUAAAUUGUAAUUUUUUCUCAGUCCUUAACAACACCUGUACAGCUCUGACGAUCACGUGUCCGGAUGACCCAGACAAGAAAUCUGUCACGAAGAAAUUACCAGGUGAACAGAAGUACCCUGCUAGCAAAGUCACUUCGAUCUUUCCUAGAUAAGUCCUCAUUCCCGACUUGGCUUCUGAUAGGUUCAAAUAAGUAAUAUAUCCCCUGGGGUAUGAUUUUCCCACAUUCCUUAACACGUGUCCUGAUGCCGCGGACAAGAAAACUGUCUCGAAGAUAUUACCAGGUGAAGAAGCUUAGAACACUUUUUUUAACCCCUAGCUAGAGGGGAAAACAUAUAAAUUCGAAGAAAUCGGAAAUAUGGGAGAUUUCUUGAUUCUCUUUUGAUUUUCUAUAAAACAGUAAAACAGCCAGCCAACCGUGAAGGGCAGGGAAAACUACCACGUGAUCAUAAUUUUCCCGCCAUUUUUGACACUCGCCGCCGCUUGCCAUCCGCAGUUUGAAUGAACGUGAACGUGAAGAGGCAGUUUUCACGUUCGCAAACAACGUAGCGUGCAUGAUUUCUUGUGAUAUUUUGAAUCCUUCUUUAAGCCCAAAGAUCUAUUUGUAUGUCCUGUCAUAAAGAAACUAUAUAAAAAUUUAAUCUUUCCCAAGAGGAGCGAUCGAGGGACAAAGAAGCCAAUUGAAGGUAAAAAUCUGAGCUUCUUUUUACACUGAAAGAUUGCAACAUUGUGUUACGUAUCACCUCUCUUAGACAUCUUCAAGCUUUAAAACCACUUUUUUUCGUAAGAAAUGGAAAGUUUGUAGCUAACUUGAGACUUACAAGCGUAGAAAACAAAUGUUUGAUUUUUUUUUCUUCGUCAAUAAACUGGUCGUGUGGUCUUUUGCAGGAACUAUGACAAUAGGGAAGCUUAAAGGGUUACUCUAUCGAUUGUUUAAAGUUGACAGUUCCGACCAACGAUUAUCGUCUGUAGACAACAAGGUGAGGACGUUAUACACAUCGUACUACAGUAAACGAGUUGUUGGUGAUGAACGCCGAUAUUCAGUUUCCUUUGGUAUAUCGCCGUUCAGCCAAUUAAAGAGCUUUAAUGUAACUGUGUAUUAAUAUUCAACUGUCAUCCUGUCUUUGAUAUCCUGAAUUGUCUUCUCCCCAUGCUACUUAGAAGAAGAUGAACUUCCCUUUACAUUAAAACGUGCACAAUUGUUUUGUGGUCAAAAACAUGAUAAAUAUGAUCCUCGCGGUCAACAUUCACAAUGACUACAUAAACGUCGCUAAAAUUUAUACUGUAGUGGGUAGAGUAGUGGGUAGUUUUUCCUUGUGAUAAAAGUAGACAAUUUGUAUUUGUACUUUUUACUGAUAUCGAUAAAUACAAGCCUGACCUGAGCAUCAUUGUGGAUACUCAUGUAGUAUAAUGACGCAUGAGUAUAUCCAGCCUCACCUGCAUAUAAAUACCUAAAAUCCUUAGUUAGUUCUUCGGCUUGGCCCCUUAUGCCCCUCCCGCCUUCUACAGGCCAUGUCCUCUUGUUGUUCACUUUCGAAAGUUUUUUGUUUGUUUUGUUACUUGUUUGAUGCUGAAAUCUCUGUAGUUGCACCGAAUACUUAAUUUCAAGCCAAGCACUUUAGUUUGUAUUCUUCACCUCGCCAACGGAAAAGUCUGUUUAUAAGAGAUCAUGAAUUUCUUGUUUCCGUUAGUAGGAAUCAUUUGUAAUUAAUCUGCACAAUAUAACAGACAGAAAAACUUUAAAGUCUUUGGGCCGUUCACUUAUCUAAAAAGGCAAACAUUGGACAAGAACCGCUCCAGAUCUGACUGACUGUUAAUAAGCGGAUUAUGAUUUUAGGGAGAUAAAUCUUUCGUUAGUCCGCACUCUAGUCAUAGUAUAAAAUAACUGUUCAGAUAGUAGAGUUGGCCAAGUAAAAAUGGCUUAUAACGUUUUUUUAUCAGAUAAAUAACUAGCAGCAAAACAACGUUUCAAUAACCGGCCCUUUGAGUUUCGGUUUGUAUUUUCUUUUUGUUUACAGCUUGGUAGAGAAGUUGAAUUGGAUGAUGACUUACGACAACUCACAUUUUAUUCUGUACAAAGUGGAGACACUAUUUACCUAAGAUGGUGACGAGUCUCGAACUUUCUUUGUUAAAUAAUGCACAACCAGCGUUCCAAAAAAGGUCCUUGUUUCCCGCCAUUCACCGCGGUGUUUGAUAGAGGUCUUAUCAGUGCAUGCGCACUCGCUUAUAAAUGGGGAAAAGUGGGAUACGAAACUGUCGGCCGUCUGCUGUACAGUAAACAGCCCCAUAUAAGAACCUAUGAUUUUGGGUUUCAGGCUGAUCAAGUUCUUAUUCACUGGGUGCUUAGUGAGAAAUCUUCCUGAAAAAUAGAUUAUUAGAGGUGUCAUUAGUAUACCUACAAUGUUUUAUGUACUUACACAAAAAAUAAUUUUAAAAUUUAAUUAAAAAUAAAUAUAUACUGUGAUUUCUAAUAUAAGUAAAGUAUACUGUACUGUAUUGGUUUCGUAUUCUGGCAUCCUCUUUUUUAUAUAAGAACAUGUUUUAUUUAUCAGGCUGCAUUGGUUGUUAUAUAUAUGGUGCUUUAUUGGUCAACUUUCAGUCUGAUGUUCUUAAUCCACUUCUUAUAUGCAGUGUGUUUACUGUAUAGGUCGCAAAACUAGCUUGUUGAUGAAUACUUUUAUCGACAUGCAGCAGUAUUUACAGUUAUUGUCGAAACAGCGAUUUGUAGUUUAAAUCGCAGUUUAACACUGUAGGGUGAUAUUAGCCAUUGUAUAUAUUUUUAGGCCAAAACAACAAACUGCCUUUUGUGUUUUAGCACUAUAGCGUGCAACAUCUUAGUCUCCCCCGCAGCCGUUUUUUGGAUGUCAUGCAACGCCCGCCCUCCCCCCUUUUGGGGGAGCGUUGCGUGAUAUCCAAAAAAGGGCUGCGAGGGAGACUAGCAACAUUUAUUCUUAAUUUGAAAGAAUUAGCCCAACGUCAAAACGAUGAUCAUCGCAACGCAGAUUUUUGACCUGUUCGUAGGUUUGGUUCGGGUUUGAAUUUGAAAGUGUUGCAGGGAAUCAAAGUUGAUGAAAGUUUGACACAUUAAUAAACACAGCUUAAAGAUUACGGUGUGAGUUGUUUAAAGAUUUCUAUCCAGCCGUUCCUGAGAUAUAUGAAAAAGAGUUAAAAGGAUCAAGAUUUUACACUUGGAACAGUGUUUAGAAAGAAAGUUAGUUUCCAAGAUCGCAC